GCCUUCACAGCUGAAGUGCGGUUGGCAGCUAAGGAAAACAUGGAGCCAGUAUUAGGAACUUUUGGACAUGACGGCUGGGAAAAUGAUGAUGGAUUCGACGAAUCGAAGCUUCCAUCGUCUGGUUAUGAAUAUCUCCGAAGAGUUCAGUAAGUAACAAAAUUUGGAAUAUCGUUUUAAAUGUCAUGAAAAAUCCCUCAUGCAUGGCUUUUGAAUUCAAUAUUUUGCACUCUGUCUUCACAACUGUCCACAUUUGCAUCAGCAUACUCAACUCUUCAACUCCCAAGAUCUGAUUUUUAAUUCUCCCUUCUACCUGCUACACAUAAGUUUGAGUAUUCUCAAUACCUGUUUGGUGGAUAUUGUAUGGAUAUUAUGGGAAGAAGUUACAUGUUAAUCACUUCUGGGUGCUUAAGGGUUGAAAGAAGACAAUUUUGUUUCCAGGUUAGAAGCUAUGCAGUGCCCUGAUGUUGUAGUGGCCAGUUUUGACACUAACAGCUUCCAAAGCAAGCAGACUGUUCAUGUUAAUGAGGUACAUGUUCUAUUUUGCUCAAACAACUGACAUAAGCAAUUCAUAUUUUGAUUUUAAAACAAGCUGACACACAGGUACACAGUGAGAUUAAAAAAAAAAAAAAAUUUAUCAGCAUGAUAAGAUUCAAAAAGGAACCAAAAUUUGUUUUGGAAAUAAAUUAGCUCACAGUGAUGUGUUUCUGGUGUGAAAAAAAAAAAAAAAAAAUAAUACUGAAAAUGGAAAAAAAAACUAGCACCAUUUUGUUCUUUGAGCUUGACUUCAUUUUAUUUAAUAUUGGAUAACAACUUAACAACUUGUAAACCAUUAGCAUUGCCGUUGGUCUGUUGGACUGUCACCCUCUGAUAAGCAGUGCCACCUAGGAAUAAGACUUCCUUUGUACAAUGGGUAUCAUGUAAACAGAUAGUAAGAAAAGAGCAUGUUGCAUUCCACUUUUACUUUUCACUGAGUUAGUAGAAAUUUAGGGACAUAAACUUAUGUUGUAUACAGCCCCUUUUGUAACUUUGUAGAAAUUGUGGGACAACAGCAAACAUUGUAUUCUGCUCCUUUCAUAAGUUAAUAGAAAUUGUGAGACAACAGUAAACAUUGUUACAGACCUAAACUUUCACUCAACACAACAAGCACUGUGAUUGAUUGAUUCUUGAUUACAUGCCCCUGAUCAAAUUCAAAUGUAUCCCGACUGGGAUACAAUUGCAUAGUUGUUGCCUGCAUGCCAAAUACAACAGCACAUUUGUUUGUUUUUGCAUGAAUAUGAUUGUUCAAGGGAAAGUCUAAGUAAUUAUAUAACAAAGCACUUAAUAUAUGGUCCCUUUGGAAAACUAGUUAGUUUUGUUUUCCCUUGAGUCCUGAUAAUUCCCACGACAAAGUCAGUGCUCUCAGGAAAACAAAACUAACUGUUUCCCUUGAGAAGAUACAUUAAGUGUAUAUUGUAUUCUACUCCUCUUGUAAUUGGCUGUUGUGAUCUGUUUCUCAGAGAUCUGGUUGGUCACCAGCUCCAGCUGGAUUUGCCCCUUCUACUGAUUGGCAGAUGGAACAGGCUGCAGAUUUUGCCGAAAUCAGACAAGUAAGUGCUUACUAUUAAACUUGUGCAUUCCUCUCAUUGGCAAAAAUAAGUAUACUUCCCAUGCUAUCUGAAACUAGCAAAAUCAAUGGUGUAUAAGUUACAACUUAGCUUUCUCAUUGCACAAUUUUAGAAGAUUUGUUCCCUUCUGUUGUCUUCUUAUUUUCUUUCACUUCAGACUUUGUUGUAGCCUAGGACAUUCAUAGUUUGCCUUUCUUUCUGAUCUUAAGGUCAUUGAUUCUGGGAUUUCAUUUACUCAUGACCCUGCCUGGUGAAAUUCUUGUCACAGCAUCCCAUAAUUGUUCUUGUUGUCAUUUGCUUUCUCUUUUUUUUGUGUCCCUUGUUUUUGUUUACUUUUGGGGUUCCAGUAAAGGACCUGCCUGGUAAUACAUUAGCACAUGAUUUCCUAGUCAGAGUUUGGCAAAUUCAUUCUUUCAUCUUCCUCCUGAUUUGAAUCAGCAUAAUCUUCUUCCACCUUUUGCUUUCAUGGAUAUUCAUUGGUGUAACAUUAUAGCAUUUCUUCAGACUCAAUUUGAAAAAAUUUUUGACAAGGUAUUUUACAGGAGACUCUUUUACUAUUUGAGGUUGUGUCAAACACAACAUUCUUUUUUUCUCUCUAAUUUUUCAGAAACUUGUUUAUCACCGAUCAAAGCUUGGAAAAGAGGAUUCCACAAAGUUAACAUUGGUAAACCCACAGCAUAAUUUACUGAUUAAAAUCAUCAAACUUUUUACACCUAGAAGUGUUUGACAAUUCACAAUUUCAAAAGAUUAUUCAGAAAAAGGUAAAGAGAAAUUAGAGACUUGUGGUUGUUAUCUUGAUCAAACAUAAAAUUCUCCCAGCCAAUUUUAUGAAGAAAUAUUUAAGUAGUGACAUGGGAGAAUAACUAAUUAGAUCAUGAAGCUGGUGGAUGCUUUGCUUGGUCCUCACUGUGUGUGCUUUUGGAGGCUCAGGUCAGUCAUGAUAUUCAUUUAAUUUUCUUACUUGUCGGUCAAUUCUGUAGUUAUUGCUUUCUAUUAUUUUAUAUAUUGUACAGCCAAAGAAAUCUGAUUCUAUGGGAUGGUGCCGCUUUUGUCUUGGAGAACAAACUACUAUGAAAAUAUUUGGCAGGUAAUUGUAGACACUUUUCAAGAAACAUAAUAGUUUUAAGUUAUCUCAAUUGCCGUGGUCAAUUCUGAUGUUGGUCAUGAAGUUUUGACUGCUUGUCUUCUUCCAGCAAGGUGAACUGUUUGGAGAAAGUAAAAUGCAGCAAGUCACACUUCAUUACAAACCUUCAUUUGCCUCAUGUGCAUUCAGCUUUAGUUAGACACUCUUAGCUAUGAUUGAUAUUUUGAAUUUGUGCAACAGUUAGUACUGGAUGCCAUAUCAUACCUGUAUUUACCCUGUUUCUGUUGGAACAGAAAAGAUAACAAGAAAAGUGUUAAGGAUGAAGAUUUGUUGGAAAGUAGUGAUUCACAAGGCACCAAUCAGGUCUGUUCAUUUUAAUAUUGUUAUUACCAGUGUUAUAAUAAUUAUUAAUAAUUAGUAUAAAUCAAAUACUGUUAUCAUCAUUUUAUGCUGAAAGAGCUGAUGAUGGGCAAAGGUGCAAAAAGACUAACAAAUGAUUGCAAAUGACAAAUCAAUAAAAUUUACAAAGUUCAAUUUCAAAAUGUGCAGCAUAACUUCUGGUGCUUGUAAAUAAUUAUUCAAAAUCCUGUUGCAGGACGGGACACCUCCUUUAUUGAGUGUUGUUCUUCAAAUUAAUCAAGUAAGUCAAGCUACAAAUAUCGUAAAUAGUAAAGUUGUGUUAAGGACUUUGUUGGCGUAGCGAUGAAUUUGUCGAAGCUCCCUAACUCAGCAAGAUUUGAAAAUUGAGUUCUGACCAUAUCUGAGAUGUUUCUUUUUCUUUGCUGUUUUUUGUAUGUUUGUUUGUUUUGAAUGUGUGUGUGUGUGCACACUUCCGUCUUUCAUACCUUUAUCGAACUCAGAUCCCUUUCCAGCUUUUCUGUAGGUGUCACGCAAUGCUCUUGUUGUGUGACAUCCAGAAUAACAGUUGGGAAGAAAACCACACAGCCUUGCGAGUAGGUCCUUGUUAUAAGCGCAUUGGCACCACCGUUUCUUCCCAGUUCCCUCGCGGGAAAUUAUAGGCCUUGUGCAACGCGAGUCGUUGAGAGGUUACAAGGGUUCUAGCACUAGUCUGGCGCUAGUUUUUGUCAAAACGACUGGACUUGUCAUCUUUUACUUACCAGAAAGCUACAUUCGUGGGAGAAUACACGGGAUAAAAAUAAAAUAAAUAAAUAAAAAAACAAAAAAACGAUAGCUUCCUUGCAGGCCCUCGGUUUUAGUGCCAGACUCCCACCGAACCCUCUUCCCGACUCGUCACAAAUCUUCCCACGGACAGAGAAACACGCGUCCGCUACAAAGAUCACGAAAAACUCGGAUCCACUGUGAAAUUACAAGCAAUUUGGAAGGUGCUAUUUCCUAGACUGUUUUGUUUUAGUCGAAAUUACAUUUACUUUACAGGCCACUUUGCUGCAAGUUUUAGAAUUCCACGUUGAAUGGCUGGAAGAAAUCGGAUUUUCUCAUGACCAGGUAAAGCUAUUCAAACUAGAAUUUUGUUGUCUUUUCUUCAAAAUUUGGACGUAUUGGUCUAAUACAAUCGGUAUGGUCCAAUUAGCGAUGACAUAAAAUAAGGAGAUGAGUGGACUGUUAUUUCAUUUGUGGCAUUUAAAUUUGUCGUUAGUCGUGAUUAUAUGAAGACGGGCUGGACUUUAAACGUCUAUCUGGAUAUGUGUUGGUUUUGCGCGUUUCACGCGAAAGUUUAAAGCACCGUUCUACCUGCUCAAUUUUCCGCUUUACAUCAAGCCAUACAGCCAACGAUGUGCCUGUAGAGUAGAAAAUAUACUGUUUUUCAGUGUAUUUUAUUGCCACGGUCAGAGAAACGUGCGUCCACUACUAAGAUGUACAUUUUUAUCCUCUUCUUGAAACAUUUAUUUAUCUCGUGCUAAAUGCGAUUUUUCGUCAGCGAACUGUCCGAUAUGGCAAAUCUACGUAAUUUCAGAAUCGUCCCUCCAAAUUCUUACUCUGCAUCUUGAAAUAAUUCUUACACGUGCAUUUUUUUUAAAGGGGAAGUGGUUUUAUGCUCUUCUUGUUUGUCUGGAGAAGCCACUUUUACCAGAAACCACCUCACUACUUCGCACUCUCGCCAGACUCUGCGCAACCCUGAGAGCAUCGUUGGUAUGUACUUAUGAUCUGUUAAAAUUCAAAGGUACGAUGCUUAACGCUAAUCAGCGAACUUAUCAUGACUGA